UUGACGUAGGUUCCCCGCUGUCCGAGCUGUCAGCCACGUCACCGCCUCUGGAACAUCUUUCCUCUCAGACCUCUGCAGACUCAGCUCAUGAGUGGAUUCAGCAGACAUUGUUAUCUGUUUAUCUUUCAUGCUGUUGGAUAAAGAGCCAACGAGCUACCGAACAGACCCUGAGCUCACCGUGCAAGCUGUUAGCUUAGCUUUUUGUUCCACUGGACUCGCAGUUUUGAUUUUGUGUGGGUCAAAAUCUGUGCAGGGCGUUGUUAGGCCUUUAAAUAGUUUGAUUAAAGUUUUUUUUCUUUAUCGAAACUUAUUGUAAACAUGAAUAUCUUUCGUUUGGCCGGUGACGUGUCCCAUCUGACGGCUAUAGUUAUCCUGCUGCUGAAGAUAUGGAAGUCCAAAUCCUGUGCUGGAAUCUCUGGGAAGUCCCAGGUGCUGUUUGCGCUUGUCUUCACCACCAGGUACCUGGACCUGUUCACUGUCUUCAUCUCUCCUUACAACACCGUCAUGAAGGUGGUGUUCCUCGCUCUGUCCUAUGCCACCGUGUACCUGAUCUACAUGCGCCUGAGGAGCACCUACGACUCUGAGAACGACACGUUCCGCGUGGAGUUCCUGCUGGUGCCGGUCAUCGGGCUCUCCUUCCUGGAAAACUACGCUUUCACCCCAAUGGAGAUCCUGUGGACCUUCUCCAUCUUCCUGGAGUCCGUGGCCAUAAUGCCGCAGCUCUUCAUGAUCACUAAGACGGGCGAGGCGGAGUCCAUCACCACCCACUACCUGUUCUUCCUCGGCCUGUACCGGGCGCUCUACAUCGCCAACUGGGUGUGGCGCUACCACACGGAGGGCUUCUUCGACCAGAUCGCCGUGGUGUCCGGCGUGGUGCAGACCAUCUUCUACUGCGACUUCUUCUACCUUUAUGUCACUAGGGUGCUUCGGGGAAGAGGAAAGAUGAGCCUGCCGAUGCCCAUUUAAGAAAAAACACAUACAAAGAAAAAAGACGUCAGUGCCGCUCAGCCGACUCUCUGUGCCUGCUGCAGCUCAGCACACCUUGCCCUUCAACUGUACAUGUGUUUAGCAAAAGGACUAAUGUGUGCACCUCUAGAGUUUGAAAUCCUGUGUGACUGGUACUUUAUGUGUGUGUGUGUGUGUGUGUGUGUGUGUGUGUGUGUGUGUGUGUGUGUGUGUGUGUGUGUGUGUGUGUGUGUGUGUGUGUGUGUGUGUGUGUGUGUGUGUUGAGAAGUUUGUGUUUUUUUCUUUAUUCGAUGCAAUUGUGACACUGAAAAAUGUGUCACUGGAUCUAAAAGAGAGUUACGCUAUGGAAACUGUAUAUUUGUCUGUCCCUAUAACACCCCGAGACACUUUGUCACCAUGUUUUUAUCCAGAAAAUUGCACAAAAAAAAAAAUAGAUUGUUAGAAGCUUCAGAUCCAGUGCCCAUAGUUUCAUUUCAAAGUGUCGUGGAUUUUCACACAACCACGUUUUUACUGUAUUCUUUAAUUCAAGUUAAUCUUAUUUAUACAUCCCAAUAUUAAAGUCACACAUUUGCCACGAGGGGCUUUUAUAAUCUGUACACCUUCCACAAAGUGUCUUCCUUAGAGCUGACUGUGUUAUAUGCAAACGCCUCCUUUCUUUAUUCUCGAGUUCCCUUUUUGUAUUUCCUCUUAUUGGUCGUCUUUUAUAUUUCAAUGUAUUUCUUAAUGGGAGGAAAAAGGGCUAAAUAUUUCAUUUUGUCUUAAAGGAAGCCAAAGAUGGGACGGAUAAAUGCUGCAAUUGUUGAGUCAAGAAAAUGUUUGUGGGACUAAGAAAGUAGUUGUGUCCGGGAUGAAAAUGGCAUUGUGUUUCUGUAAACGAUGAACCUUUGGUUGAUAAAUGUUUUAGUCUCAGUAAGUUGCACACCGACAUUACCUUUAUUAUAACGUGUGAGGGAUCUCGAGUCAA